AUGUCCUCAGAAGGUGCAGCCAGCCAGUUCCAGGUGCUCGAGGAGCUCGGGAGCGGUAGCUUCGGGGUGGUGUACAAGGCAAUUGAACGCAGCACCGGGGAGAUCGUAGCAAUCAAGCAUAUCGAUCUCGAGUCCAGCGAAGACGAUAUACAGGAGAUCCAGCAAGAGAUCUCGGUUUUAAGUACCUGUGCCAGUCAAUACGUUACUCAGUACAAAGCCAGUUUUCUUCGGGGCCAUAAACUAUGGAUUGUAAUGGAAUACCUUGGUGGGGGAUCGUGCUUGGACUUGCUCAAACCAGGCUCAUUCAACGAAGCCCACAUCGCAAUCAUAUGCCGAGAGUUGCUCCUUGGACUUGAAUAUCUGCAUCAGGAGGGGAAGAUCCACCGAGAUAUUAAAGCUGCCAACGUAUUACUAUCGACCGGUGGAAAAGUCAAACUCGCAGAUUUUGGAGUCGCUGCCCAGCUCACGAAUAUAAAAUCGCAACGGAAUACGUUUGUCGGUACGCCGUUUUGGAUGGCGCCAGAGGUUAUCCAGCAGGCUGGGUAUGACUUCAAGGCAGAUAUUUGGUCGCUUGGUAUUACUGCUAUGGAAUUGAUCAAUGGGGAGCCACCGAAUGCGUCGGUGCAUCCGAUGAAAGUAUUAUUUCUGAUUCCGAAAGCCCCCGCCCCGAGGCUGGAAGGAUCACAAUACAGCAAGGAGUUCAGGGAUUUUGUUGCUCAAUGUUUGGUUAAGGAUUGCGACCGACGGCCGAGUGCUAAAGAUUUAUUAAGGCAUAAGUUUAUUCGAUCCGCAGGAAAGGUUGAGGCUCUCCAGGAGUUAAUUGAGAGGAAGCAAGAAUGGGAUGGUGGUCGAACAAGACCCUCGCAUCCUAGACUUUACGAAGAAACAUUAAAUACUAUGACGCCAAAAGUCGAACCUGAUGAGUGGGUGUUCGAUACUGUCAAGGCACCAACCAUUGCCGCCCGCAAAAACACCACCAAGAGGAGGAAGUUGUCUGUUAUCCACGCCAAUGGCCAAAGCAUUGAUGCGGGUCCCGAAGACGCAUUUAGGAGACUCGACCUCAAGGACGCGCCCUUAGAGUAUUCAUCCCCUCCGCCCGCCACAGUCAAGAAGAACACUGUCCGCCGGCAACCUUCAAUAAUGCAGAUUACACCCACAAAACAACGUCAGCCAAGUAGUCAAAAGAAGCCCCUCCAGCCAGAUUUGAGUUUUGGAAAUAGUGGUUCUACUGUUCGGCUUUUCCGUCGAGUAUCGGACAACUCCACAUUAGCCCAGGUCAACUCCGACGUCUCUUCAGUGACGACCCGCGACGAGAAUAGGCCUCCGAUGACCGAGACCGUCGGCAAGGAGGCAAUUAUGGGCAGGCGGGUUUUCAACAAAGUUGUGGAUCCGUCCUUUCAAGAACUCCAUGCUCAAACUGGCAACCAAGCCAAGCGAGAGGCUCUUUCCCGGCUAGCCCAUGCUUGGAGCGCUCUCGAUGCUGUCGAUCCAGAAGGCGAAUACCAAUUCCUUAAGGCCAUGCUUGAGAAAGUCCAAAAUGAUCCAAAACUAUCUUCGCUGUUGUCUACACCGAAGGCUUCUAGCAGAGACGGAACACCCCAAACAUCACCACAGAAGCCCGGGGCAAAGCUCGUCUUAGCACAGAACAACCCACAUCUCAAGAGCCACCGUCGGCGACAAUCGAGCAUGCUUGCCGAACCCGACUACAAGGAGAAACUCUCUAACCUACCUGGCCAAGCCGUUCCAGGAAUGGAACACACCAAACAGCUCACGGACGUGCUCUAUGGACGCUGGGCCGGCGGAUUGAGAAAUCGAUGGCCAGCCGUCUAA